AUGUCGGAUUUGGAUAACCUGGUCGGGGCUCCCAUCUCGAGGAAUACCUCUUUCAAUUGGACAUGGUUUAUCGAACUCGCCACAUGCUCUUGCCUGACGCUAUUCUUCCUCUUUUACUUCAAUCGCCUGUUCGCGACCCUCGUCUCCUACGGACUGAGAGCAUUCACCUGGCACAAGUACCGAGUCUGGAUUGACAUUCAAGCGCUUCAGCUCUCCUUCUUGGCUGGACGAGUUUUCUUCAAAGGCAUCCGCUAUCAUGCCGAGAAUGAAACUGUGCUGAUCCAGCAUGGCUACAUCACUUGGAGAUAUUGGCAAUCUUCCGCACGACAAGUAGAUCUAGCCGGACUGGAAGAGGAAGAGGAAGAUUCGGUGCUCAAAGAGAGAAAGUCGUCGCCUGCAGACGGCUCUGACGAGUCGGAGACACGCUUUCAAGAUCCCGAGUAUGGCCGGCUUAGGAGAAAACCGAUUGCGGACGCCCGUAUCUCGGUGCAUCUCACUGGACUGGAAUGGUUUGUCUACAACAGAACGCCUGUAUACGACUCCAUUGUCGAAGAUGUCUUGAACCAUGAUCUCAAGGACGGUGGUCCACAUAAUCAUACUACUGGCCAGAAGCACGAACACAAGCUAGGCAAGCUGCAUCUCCGUAAGGACAAGACAAGACCUCUUUCAAAAGACACCUCUUCCAGCGAUACCUCCGCCGAUAGCCCGUUUAACGAAAAGACUGCCCGGUUCUCUUCAUCGAACGAUGUCCCGGUUCCCAUCGUACGGUCCGACACCUAUGCCAGCGUGGCCCCAGACACAGAGCGUCCUGCAGCAGAUAUACCAUCCUUUUAUCCCUGGAUUCUGCGAGCCCUGCCAAUUGCUGUUGAGUGCUCAAAGGGGGCAAUCUCACUUGGAAAUGAGAAUACAAGGGCAUUGGUCGUCACAACCUUUGCAGCCGCGAAAGGCCAUAUCGACGCAACCGCGGCGAGGUCGUCGGACUUCUUCCGGCAGGUUUUCGACUUUACCAUUGACCAUCCCAAAGUCGAAAUGAAACCUAACCCUGACUUUCGUAGAACUCAGUAUGUCGCUGCUGAGAGGAUAAUAUCAGCGGCAGAGUCUCUGAACCAUCGACGACGUUGGUGGCAAGUAAAUCUGGGACUGAGACGCCGAAUUGGGAAAGCCCUCCGGGGUCUCAAGCGUCUCCUACCAGGCCUAGGCAGUUCAAGGGGCUCGCUACGGACCACUGCAUCACAAGACGGCGAUACCAAGAAGUACUACCUCUAUGACGAAUUUCAGGAUGAGAAUCGAUCGUGGCACGGCCUUGGUAGGUAUCUGGACGAGGACGAGCGCGACGACCACGAAGGUUGGUCUCAUGUGGAGUAUGCUAGGUUUUCACAAAUCCUAGACUCGCCAGCAGUUCAUUUCAAGUUCUUCUGGGACAUGCCGGGGAAGGUGACGGAAGCAGAUGCGGAACUGAGCCGACAUGCAGACGUAAAAGACAUCAACAUGUCGAAGCCACCUGCCUAUGGUAUGGACCUGACUGUGAAAGGUGGCUUUGUAAACUACGGACCUUGGGCCGACCGCCUUCGCAUCGAAAUCCAGUCAGCAUUUUUCCCCAACCCUUACCGAUCCGUUUCACCAGCUCUGCCUGUCAAAGUAGGCGACGCGAGGCAAUAUACGGUAAUGACGAUACGCGUGGACCUUGAAGGUGAGGUUAGCCUGCGCGUACCGACCAGAGAACGCUCGAAAGAUUGGCAAUGGAGAAAUCGAGCGCACGCAGUCAGGGAAGCUGCCGCUGUACGGAAGCAACGCGAAAAAAGACAUUUUCGAUUCCGUCGCUCUCCUAAGACAAAACUUGGGCCCGAUAUUCGCCCGUUCGGCUGGUUGACCGUUUCAGCAGGACAAGAUUCGACAGUGCGAUACGAUAUGGACCUAGUCCCUCGAGCAGAAGGCUACAGAAAUCACCUGCGGCUGGACCUCAAGCAGACGAAAGCCACUUCUAGCGUCAAUCACGCAUUGCUCUGGCGCUGCCCGUCGCAAAAGGUCUCAUGUGACCUGUCCAAUCCCUUAGUGUGGAACGCCCUUCAUACCUGGGUUUUCGACAUUGAGAGCAGCGCCAUGGAGAUGUUCAUCUUGAGGGACCACAUGAUUCUGCUGACAGAUCUUGUCGGCGAUUUUACAGCAGGACAGAAGCCGGACUACAUGACCUUUGUACCUUUUAUGUAUCGACUCCACUUGAAAUUCCCAGAUCUCAAGCUCUAUCUCAACGCCAACGAUUACAAUAUUAUUGACAAUCCAUGUGACCUUGAGGAAAACGCAUUCUUAGUCCUAGGAUUUCAAUCGCUGGCUGGCAACGUGGAUAUUCCCAUGCAGUACUUCUCACCUCGUCAGAGCAGCGUCAAGUUUGUUGGUGAGGGACAUAAUGCGUCUCUGGAACUCAUCACGCCGGUUUGGAACACGCUCAAUACUCUCGCCGAGGAUACAACAAUGAUGACGCUCAAGCUGCUUCAUCUCGAAGGCUCUUACAACUACUAUCCCAAUGUAUCUCCCAACUUAACAGAUUCUCUGUUCAUGACCAUUACAGGCUAUACGCCAAAAUUCUUUUUGCAUGGUUACCUCAUCCGCUAUUUUGUGAACGUCAAAGAGAACUACUUUGGAGAAGACCUGCAUUUCAGGACGCUGGAGGAGUAUCAGGAUGCGUUGGCUGGUGAUGAGCUCCCGCGAAUGCGACCAAGCAACAAAAAGGACAAUGACCUCGAUGUGAUCUUGACUAUUCGAGCCGAGAACUCUAGCGUGCUGUUACCUGCGAACAUUUACUCGCGGCGAGAAAAUGUCCGUGUGGAUAUCCUUCUUGUCGACGCCGACAUGCGCUUUACCAACUAUUACAUGGACUUACAGGUUAGCUCAAGCCCACUCGAGGCUUCGCUCGAGUGUAUAAGCGUCAAAGACAACGAGCCAUCCAGCACGAUCACGAAUUGUCAAUUAUUCAUAGAUGGCGCGGGGGUGUACGGUCACAGGCUUUUUGGAGCACCCCCUUCGGAGCCUACGUACGCCUGUCACUGGGAUAUCAAUGUUGGCGAGAUCACGGGCGAAUGCUCUUCCAAAUUUGUUCAAACUCUAAUCAAUUCCGUCAUGGCAUUCAUCUAUACCCUGGACGACGACGAAAAUUCUUUGCCACCUUUCAAUCGGACAGCUGUCCACGAUGUGACCUUCCUCAGAGCCAAUCUCGCCGGUCUCCGUCUUUGGUUGAUUUCAGGAGGAACUGCUUAUAUGUUAGAGCUUUCUGAAUCUGAUGUUUCGUUUAGCGACUGGGCCAAUUUCAGCUUCGCAAAGACGUUGCGUGCCAGCGUCCCCCGCGUCGCUCUCGCUGCCGUGGAUUACAAAGCGGCUCUGAGACAUCACGAUCGAAGACCAGGCCCGGUAGAGACCUUUGCCUGUUUCGAGACCUCUCUUCGGAUUGGAACGCUGGACAAGACAGACAAUCUUGCACAUACCCGCGCGCUACAACAGCAGCAUAUUCGCUAUCAUGAUCAACGAACCCACCGAGCAGAUUGGUUGUUAGAUUCUGGCAACCAUUACCCGCCAAAUCACAGGACACCUGAAUGGGCCCGUGAUCCGCCAGCCAUGCCAGUGCCCUCAAUGCCUGAACCUAUAGGAAGAGUAGAGAAAACGACGUUUCCGGGUUCAAGGGACCGCCAUGGUCAGAGACGUGAUCCCGGACGACAGGCCUCCUUUAUAUCUGCAUCAUCAGUUCCACUGCAAAAAGGAUUGUCUGCCGAGCCUCGGGUGCGGAAUCAAUCAGAUCAUGGCCCUGCAGGAUCUUGGCCACCCCCAUCGGACAAGUCUGGUCCAAGCCGUGAAGGGCUUGACCGUCUUCAUUCUAGAGAUCGAGAUGUGCAUCAAGCAUUGGUGACGUUCUCCAGCCCAUGGACGCCGCCGCACUUUUCACUGCACGAUGUUGAACCCAACACAAGAUAUCUGCCCCAGCUGCCUGACUUAGAUCCAGCUCAGUUCCCCUCCUUGACGCCUGCGGCCACCAAAGAUUCUGGAACUACACCAGACGAAUUCGAGGACACGCCACAUAAUGGCGUUGUCUUUAUGGUCCAGAAUGGCCUGACAGGUUUUUGCACUCCCGCUCUCUUUCUUUCAAUAGGGGACUUAAUCCGAGAACUGAAUGACGAUCAUCCGGUUGACCAGCUCGACAAGGUGCAAAUUACGGUGAUGAAGCGAAUUAUGGAAACUCACAAGCACGAUGACAAAGGCCACGUUGUGGACUUUGCUGUCCAGUUACCCUUUGUGCAUAUUAGGCUGGUCAACGGCCUACAAGGCGAAAGCCAGAGUGAUACACCAGUUCCAAAGCAAGACCAAUACGACGUGAAACUGAGGAGUUCACAGUUGUUUUACCGCCUCUUACACCCGAAGACCAGUGCCAGGUUGGAGCCCAGCCCAGCGCACAGUCAAUUGGCGUAUGGUUCAAUCGAAACCCUCUCUGUGUCUGUGAGGGACGACAGCUUCGCGGCUGAGAGACCCUCUGCCCAGACCGCAGUCUCGCUCGCGAACGUAGGAUUCUGGUUCUGCAUGAAAGAAGACAUUACUUCAAAAUUACAGUUGAGCAACUUUGAUGUGGUCUUAUGGGCGGAUCAACUCAACAGCAUGGCAGGACUGAUUCAGAGGACAGUGUCAAUGGUCGAUCGCAUUGUCGAUGCCUUCGAAGGACUUGACCAGAGCUACAAGUCGAGGCACUUAAUCUACCAUCUAACUCAGGCGGGCAAUACUGUCUCGGAUCCUAUCUUUCUGAUGAGACCCUCCUAUGUGCUCCGAAGCGCAGACAAACACGUCCGUCUGAGCGACUCCUGGAAGAUCAUUUCUAGGCUCAGAUACAUAUUUGCUGCCCUUGAGAAAGAACACGGACGAGACUUCAUCGAUAAGUGCGGCUGCGAAGACCUCGAGCUGAAAGAUCCCGCCAAGCUCCAGGUUCUGAACUCUUUUGAGGAAUGGCGAGGCUGGGACUACGCGCGCGACGUGGUGCCAAUUAUGAGCUCUCUUUUCGAAUGCGGACGUGUCCAAACUCCGGAAGCAUCUGACGAUAAGCUCGUUGUACGGUCGGAAAUCAUUGUGGGAAAACUUGAAAUUAUCUUGGAUCCCGGCCCCCGUCAAAGUGAUCUGGCUCUCCUCGGCCUCGACUUCAACAUAAUCCUGCGCCCUGCAAGCGCCUCUGGGAUCGGUGCCAACGCACGGAAAAUUAUCCUUCAAGCCUACACUGCAGACACCUCGCUCCAUCUCAACUGGGCCUUGGUUGAACUCGCGCGGCAGGUCAUAGAACUGGGUAAUCCUCUGGCACUGGGAACACCAAGCACAAGCGAUUCCAUUGAGAAGACAGCGCAGAAGGUGUCUGCGAAAAGGAACCACUUUACAGUUAUUGUGGGAGCUGAUGCAGCCUCCGUUUACCUUACCACUAUCAACCUCAAGCUGAAAUGGGCAGCUGAAAACUUUCGAAGCGGCGUUUCUUUCUCCGAAGGCGGCUCUCAGCCUACGAUUUCCUCUUUUACGAUUGCAGCAUACACCGCAAUGGCCAAGUUCAGAAGUCAUUCUCACACAUUGAUGAUGUGGCGUCUUCGUAUGCCAAAGUUAUAUGGGUCACUGUGGCCGCAGCCGCCCACCAGCUCCGGAGACCAAAAGAUGAUGGUUCAGCUCUGUGCAGCCUCGCACAAGUUUCGGUUCCAGAUGAAGCAUGAUAUUGUCAAGCUGCUUGUAGUUGCCGACUCUGUCGUCCGCGAAGAAGUUGCGACAAUUAUUGAUCUGGUCCAACAGGUGCCUAGUGGGAGCGGCGACAAGGUCCAAAAGAUUUCAAGCUCAAACGAUGCCCUGAAUCUCGACCUCCGUGUGGCUAUGUUUUUGGACGACUACAGGCUAAACUUUGUGAUUGUCCCAUCUCUACACUAUGCCAUUGCCGGAAACGUGGCUCGUACAUCGAUUAUUCCGCGGCGAAACGGAGGGUUGGACGUCAAUUUUGACAUCAAAGAGCACGAGCAUUUGUUCGAAGUACCCCAUGGCGCGUCUCGGGGCAAUCUGUCCCUCUUGAAGAUGCCGCCGAUCAAUGGGCGUCUUUCCUUAGCUCAGACAGAUGCCCUCGUUUCUGUCCGGGCUCGUAUGACUGUUGAGGAGAUCAAUCUGGAGGCAUCAGGUGUACGAGCUUGCUUCGAUGCGCUGAAUCAGCCUGGUGUGAUCCAACUAAUACUCGAUGCCAGGAGGGCAGUCCAGCAAGUACAAGAGUCUGUUGAUCAUAUAACAGGUGGCAAGUCCAAACCCGAGGUGGAAGAACCGGCUGGCGCCGCAGUUCUGCUUCGCUAUGCAAUUCACGGAACCCUUGCAGGAAUUAAGGUCCACUUCAGUGCUCCAUCUGUCAGGGAAGAUCAGGACUACCGUGCUGAUAUGGAACUCACGAUUCAAGGGACGACUUUGUACAUCCACAACGAGGCGGAAAAUCCAGACUCGAUCCACGAACGACCACAAUUUAUCCUCAACUCUCAGGGCGUCGGCGUCGGGCUCUAUCGCAGCACAAGAUACGAGCGAACCAAUUUUGGAACCUGUACCGUAGGUCUGAAAGCCUCCGGGAAGACCGAGAUUGUCGGGAAUUCGGGGACAGUCCAGGUUUAUAGGGCUUGGAGCAAUAGAAUUGCUAUUGAGCUUUUUGAGGAGAGUGCUACCCUCGCCGUCGACAUUAUUGCUUUUUUGCAAGAUCGAAUCAAAUCCCUCAAACUUGCGGAUAAUGGAGAGAACAUCCAACGCAUCCGGAGGAUGACCACUGCCGGUAUUACAGAUCGACUGAGGCCAAGGGAUCCAAUGGAUGUGGCUAGUGAAGCGGCCGAGAGCGUCGACGGCGCUUCAACCAUUCUUUAUGCGUCCACGUAUGCUCUUGAUCUUGAGAAUAUUAUGCUACGAUGGAAUAUGACGCGGAGGCCUGGGUUUUCAGCCACCCGUGAGAUGGAUGAUCUGGUUUUCUCGAUAAGGAAGGUCGAUCUCAAGACCCGGCAAGAGGGCACCGCUCGAUUAUCGAUCGUGGACACACAACUACAGAUCGUCCCACAGUCACAAUCGAAGGAUCCUACUGUACGGACAGCCAACUCUGCGUUACUACCGGAAGUUGUCUUCGCCACUGCCUACCUCUCCACGAAGCAUGAACGACGCUUUGCAUUCCAAGCAAAAGGGAAAGCCCUGGACCUGCGACUUGCUUCCGACUUCGUGAUUCCAGGUCACGCCUUACAAAAGUCCCUUGGCGGUGCCAGCGCCGAGUUACGCGGAGCGAAGAGUUUCCGUGAGGCCAAUCCAGCAACACCACAAGCCCCUCAGAUAGAUAUUCUGGGCGGAAAGCGAUUGGCUUCUCUUCUGGUUGAUGCCGACUUUGCCGGAGCUGUCGUCCAUAUUAGUCCUCGUUCCGAAGCUGAACAUAAGAGCUCAGUAUUCGGAUUCCUGAAAGGCAAGAAACGUUCUCGAGCAGGUCGGUAUGGUCAAGCAGUCCAAGGAGAGGAUGUGUCAUCGGCCGUGUUGAAAGCUCCUGGUGUUGCUCUCAAAGUCGAGUACAAGGACCACAACAAAGAAGAUCCAUCCCUCAGCACCGAGGUCAGAGUCGCGGCAUCUUCGAAUACUCUCUUCCCCACCGUCGUGCCUCUGAUCCAGGAGAUAUCAGCAAGCAUCAAAGAAAUCCUGGGCGACGAUCGACCUCAGGACGGCAAGGCUAGCUCGGCCCAAGAUGCUCGCAGCUACUUGUCCGAUGCGAGUCUGAGCAACUCGAAUCCGACUGCCAUCUUCGGUCGCUGCAAGUUGAAUGCUGGCCUUUAUAUACAAGCACAGGAAUUCAGCUUGAGCUGUCAACCUAUUGCGAGAGUGGCGGCCACUGCUCGAUUCGCAGACAUAUUCGUUAGGGUCAAUACUGUGUCUGCGCCAGAGCAGGAGCGAUUCUUUGCAAUCCAGACGACGUUCAAUAAACUUGGAGCUUCAGUUCAACACGUCUACUCUCGGGAAUCUACCGCGAGCUUUGAGGUGGAUUCCAUUGUCAUGUCAUUGAUGAACAGUAAGCAUGUGAGUGCCACCACCGGUGUCUCAGCGGUUCUGCAAAUCAGUCCCAUGAAGACGGACAUCAAUGCGAAACAGCUGCAGGACUUUCUCCUAUUCCGCGAAAUCUGGUACCCUCCAGAACUUCGGAACAUGUCCAAACCAGCCGAUCCCGUUGCAUCUCCUCUGGAUCAACAGGCUUAUGCCAUGCAGCGCUAUCAGGAGCUUUCUGGGAAGGGCACCUUGCCAUGGCAUGCUAUUGUGUCUGUGCAGGAAGUCCAGCUCCAGGUCGACCUUGGCCCGGGGCUUGGCAAGUCAGUCUUUACUAUUUCCAAACUCUGGGCUUCGUCGAGGAAGAACAGCGAUUCCGAACAAAAUCUGUGCAUCGGGUUCGACAGAGUGGGCGUCGAUAGCACGGGGCGGAUGAGCGGGCUCAUUGAGCUGGAAAACAUGCGAGCGCGAACGUCGAUCAAAUGGCCAGAAGAUGCGACGGCGAAGAGACGCGCUCCCCUCGUCCAGGCAUCUAUCGGUUUUGAGCACUUCCGGGUCAAGGCUGCCUUCGAUUAUCAACCAUUCGCCGUAGCCGACAUCUCUUUCUUUGAAUUUUUGAUGUACAACGUGAGGCAGGGACUUGGAAACGACAGCGAUCGGCUGGUCGGACUCGUCGACGGCGGUAAAGUCCAAGUAUUUUGUACUACGGCUACUGCUGCGCAAGGCCUGGCUCUCGUGCAGGCAUUUGAACGACUGAUGCAGGAGAAACAUGAAGCAUACGAAACGUCGCUCCAGGAUCUGGAUAAGUUCCUCCGAAGGAAAUCGAUGUUUCCAUCCAGCACUUGGACAAAUCCAGCUCCGGCAAGAGAAAACAAAGAGAAAGCGGUUGCGAAAGGCACAUUCGCGUUGCAUACAGACGUUGUGCUGACCUUGGGAGCUCUUGAUGCUGGUGUCUUCCCCAAUACUUUCUUUGACAACCAGAUCCUCAAGGUUGAAGCGACGGAAGUGCAGGCGAGGUUUGCCGUGGCGACGACAGAAGGUAAAACCCACAGCGCUCUAGGAAUGACGCUAGGACAACUCAGAGUUGCGCUGUCGAGCGUCAAUCGGGCGACCACAACGGCGCUGAGCGAGGUCUCCGUGCCAGAUGUCAUUGACAGAGCCACCACCUCUCGGGGGGGUACCAUCGUCAAAGUGCCACGUCUUGUCUCCGCAAUGCAAACCUGGCAGGUCGCGGACUCCAACACCAUCGAGUAUACUUUCAGGAGCACUUUCGAGGGCAAAGUCGACGUGGGCUGGAACUAUGCGCGUAUCAGCUUCAUCCGUGGCAUGUGGCAAGCCCAUUCCCGUGCUCUGGCUCAGCGCCUGGGAAAACCCCUCCCACCGUCUGCCAUCAAGGUCACAGCGGAGCCCUCCGAAGAUGGUGAAAACGGACGCCAAGAAAAGAUCACUGCGGUUGUCAAUGUCCCGCUGAGUAAAUUCACCUACGUGGCGCUGGAGCCGCCGAUUAUUGAUACACCACAGCUCAGGGACAUGGGCGAGGCGACGCCGCCCCUGGAGUGGAUCGGGCUACAUAGGGAUAAGCUGCCGGAAGCAACGCAUAGCAUUGCAAUUGUGAGUUUGUUGGAGAUUGCGAGGGAGGUGGAGGAUGCAUACACCAGGAUCUUAGGGGCGAGCUGA